GUGCUAAUUAGCUCCUGGGCACGCGCUGCAGGCCGUCUCAGUAAUCUGAUUACUGCAGCCGCGGUGCGCUGCGCUCCGGGGUCUCCAUAAAAGUUGGAGCGCGCAGAGCCGAGCUGUCAGACCGCGAAGAGCCGCUGCGGAGCAUCCACCUCCGCCCGGGCUGAGCCCGAACACCCGGAUACGUCACGAUUUCUGAUUGAAUCCGAUUAUCUGUAUUAAUAUUGAUUAUUUCAGAAAGCUGCUGGGUGUUGAACACGCACCGCCGUCCAAAGGCGCGCCGACAGGACGCAGAAAGGCUUCUCUCCUGCGUGGACUUACCGGGGCUGGGACACGAGCAGCGCGGGGCGGGACUGCCAUGGAUCAGAUGCUCUUCUGUUAGAAAGCUCCGGUUCUCAGUUUGAUUUCACCUGGAGGUGUUUUAAAAUAAUAAUAAAAAAAGACAAGUCGCCCUUUCGUCCUCUUUCCCUUUUUUUCCGCCCGUUCUGGAUUCAAAUGUCUCCACAUCGCAGGCGCGCAGCUGGAUUGUAGCGGCGGCCCCACCGAUGCUUUAAACGGGCGUUAAGGUGCGGGAAGGGAGUGGGACACAAACAGGAUGAGUGAGCGGUGUAUGCAGAUCAGAAGCAAAGGGGCUCUUCUUGUUAUGGUGCUUGUGGUCGGAGUCCUGGAGCUGUCCAAGUCGACAGAAGGGACGACAGCUGCGCACCAUGUCCGAACGGGGACCUGUGAGGUGGUGGCGCUGCACCGCUGCUGCAACAAGAACAAAAUCGAGGAGCGGUCGCAAACAGUGAAGUGCUCCUGCUUUCCGGGCCAAGUGGCCGGUACCACCAGAGCCGCCCCGUCCUGCGUCGAUGCCUCGAUAGUGGAGCAGAAGUGGUGGUGCCAGAUGCAUCCGUGCCUUGACGGGGAGGAAUGCAAAGUUCUUCCUGAUCUGAAGGGCUGGAGCUGCGCUACAGGGAACAAGAUUAAAACCACCAAGAUUUCUGCGGACAGAGACCAGCUUUGGUAACGUCAGACGCUCCACGACAAACCCCAGGUGGACGCCCCAUCAUGGUCUGGCGGAUCAUAAAAGGAGACAAAGACUAAUACGAAGGACUUUGCUGUAAAUAGAGACAUCCUUUAUUCUGGACUAGAGAUAAUCCUUUAAGACUUCUGAAUGAAUCCUCAUGAACUUGAUGGACGUCAACGUGAGGCGUAUCGAUCUCCCCGCUCUGCCUUUUUUGGACGGCAGGACCAGUUCUCUGAUAUCGUACUGCUUGUAGUGGAAAACUGCAGCGAACUUCGCCUACAUGUUCAUCUUCUUGAGUAGCGCCAUCGUUACAAGCCGUCUUACACAGCCGCUGUUUCAUCGGGUGACCAACGGGUCAAGUGUGUCGUACCAACACAUUAAUAGGUCGACUACGGAUUUCUUCUCUGACAAAUUGCAGUUAGGAAAUUUGGGGGAGCAAACAGUUAGUACGAUUUUCAAAGAAAUACAAAGAUUACUAUCCAUUCAUGACAUGCAAUACUCAACCAGAUACUCUAUGGACUCAAAGACUGAAGGGCUUAGCCCAGGCACAGGCAAGGUACAGAUCAAACAUAGAAUUAAAGGCAAUUAAAUCAAUUUACAAUCUAUUUCUUCUUUAAGUUUCUAUGCCUUCCCCCCUCAAACUGUAUUGCUGCUUUCAAGUUCAGUUUAUUUGGUAAGAUGAAUGUAAAUGACAAACAUUUGGAUGAUGACAGUGUUUCCCAAACUCUUUCUAACUAGUGACUCAAGUAUGAUUUGCUAAUGACCUUUAAGUGACUAUCGCUGACACUUCUUUAGUCUGUGUAAGUGAUGACAUUAGUAAUAAACAAUGGUCGUGUAGCUAAAA